AUGUCGAGUAGCUUCUUCCUUUCUCACGUCAUGGAGCAGUACGUCGGCGUGAGCGAGUUCUUCGCUGGAAAAACCCUCUUCGUGACUGGAUGCACCGGCUUCAUCGGAAAAGUACUUCUGGAGAAAAUUCUCCGCUCAUGCCCCGACGUGAGUUCCAUCUUCGUCCUGGCUCGUCCAAAGCGCGGGAAGACUCUCGAGGAGCGCUUUGCCCAGAUUUUCGAAAGUGCGCUCUUCGACCGCGUCCGGAGCGAGUCCUCGGAUCUUCUCCUCAAGGUCAAGUUCGUAAACGGGGACAUGCUACAAGACCGUCUGGGCGUGAGUGACGAAGACCUCCAGAUCCUCCGCAAAGAAGUGGACAUCGUGGUGCAUUCGGCAGCGUCAGUGAGAUUUGACGCCCCGCUCCGAGACGCGGUCCACAUGAAUCUGUGUGGCACAAAGAAGCUAUUCGACAUGGCCAGGACGUUCGAAAAACUCAAGGUGUUCGUCCACAUAUCCACGUGCUACGCAAACUGUGACAAUGAUGUCAUCGAAGAGCGCAUCUACGAGAGCGAGCACGACAGUGAGAAGAUCAUGGAGUUGGUCGAGGGCCUCGACGAGAAGAGUCUCGAGAAGAUGCAGGAGGAGCUUCUGGCCGAGAAGCCGAAUACGUACACCUUCACAAAGCACCUCACGGAGCUUAUGAUCCAGAAGUACAACGAGACCGUGCCCUUCACGAUCACGAUAGUCAGACCGUCGAUCGUGGUCGCUUCCAUGUCCGAACCCUUCCCAGGGUGGGUGGACAAUUACAACGGACCGAGUGGAAUGGUCUGUUCGACAGCUUGCGGGCUGCUCAAGUCAAUCUAUUCGAGAAGUGAAAUGAGGACCGACUUGAUUCCGGUCAACAUUGUCGCAAAAACCGUGAUCCUCGCUGCGUGGCGAGCGGGAACCACAGAUUCCAAGAAAAUUGGAAUCUACAACUGUGCCAUCGGCGAUCGGGCACCCAGUUUCACCUGGGGCGACUUCGCGAAUUUCCAAAAGAAGCUCGUCAAGGAGGUCACGUUCAAUAAUGCCGUCCGCUAUCCCGCCCUCACCCUGCGCAGCAACUGGACGAUGCACAAAUUGUCAAUGAUCUUCCAGCAUUUUCUUCCCGCCUUCAUUGGGGAUGGCGUCCUCUCGAUGAUCGGGAAGAAACCCUUCCUGAACAAGGCGUACGAGCAGAUCAACGCCAUGCAGUCGGCCCUCUCGUUCUUCACCACUCAUGAGUGGACGUUCAGGACGGAGAAAUUGGAAGAGCUCUCCGAGUUUCUGGACGAGAACGAUCGUCGAGAGUUCGAAAUAGACGUGGGUUCGCUCAUCUGGGACGAUUUUCUGGUUGAUUACGUUCGAGGUCUCCGCGACCACGUCCUCGAGGAGGGACACAAGGGGGAAUCUACCCGCAUACGGACCUUGUACCUAAUCAACCAGGCCCAAAACUGCCUUCUGGCCUGCGGCGCCUUAAUCGCUAUCAAAGAGAUUCGAUGGCUUGCGGAAUCCCUGGAUGGAUAG